CGAUACCUUCACUCAAAGGCCGAACAACUGCAACUUAGAGUAUUCUGGCUGAUACUCGCAGCGCGGUAAACUAAACUUCUAAUGACCUCUUUUCAAAUAUGUACCAAGCUAGCCGGUCUCAGUUGCCACCACAAGACUGCCCAUCAUAAUCACCACACCACGAUGACACUAUGGCACUCCCAUUUCAAAUAGCUUAAACAAUGCCUCUUGACCUCCCCAUAACAUAUUUACUAUCCGCGCACAUACCAGAGGAGAAGCGCCUGCAGCUCGAAGAUGAGAUUCCUAAUCUGACGUAUGACAUCACCGAGGCCAAGCUGGUGCUUGGGAAGGUAGCAACGAAGCAGAGGGCUGAGUUUGAAUUGAGGAGUAGGAAGUUGUGGACUGAGGAAGUAAAAGGGAACGAGGGAGAAAAUAAAAACUUAGUUGCGGAUCAGGGGAGUCGUGGGAGGAGCCAAGAGGAGGGACCUGCAAGGAAGAAGAGACGCACUGGUCCAAUUAACAUUCCUGAUCACGUGGAGGUCGUGGUUAUUGAUUCGAGCACUGAGUCCGAAGCCGAAGAGGAUGAAAAUCAAAAGAGAAGCGUUAGAGGAAGGAGUGGUAGUAGCACGCAGUCCGAAGAUGUCCAGAGUCCUGCGCAGAGCCCGAGGAGGGAGAUUAUCAGCAGCCCCCCGAGAGAGAAAUCACCACACACACCCAGAACGCCAACAGCCAUUCAAGAAGGGCCAGUGUUUAAUGGGAAUGGCACGGUCAAAGUUGUCAAACUCUCUUGGUUCGAGGAAAGUGUAGCGGCUGGAUAUUUGCUACCGCUUGAUGGGUAUAUAGUAUAUGAGGGACGACGGAUUGAAGCUCCAAAACAUCGCAGUGUUAUGAAGCCACCCAAAAGCCCACUACCAGGAGAAAUCAUUGCUCGCGCCCAGAGCGACUCACCGCACGCUUCGUCACCUCCAUUCCCCAGACGCUCCAAUCCGCUGCAAUCUCCAUCUUCCCCGGCCUCGGUGACACGCCCCACACCACUUAUCCGUCAAACAACCUCUGAGCACGAUAACCCCCCCGAGCUGCCCCCUAUCCCGGAUUACCUGAAAACAAACUACUCCUGCCAACGGCCCACCCCACUUUACACCCUCAACGACCCCUUUAUUGAGUUCCUCGUCCGCAUCCGCCAGUCCCGUAUUCUCACCAAUGACGAGGUGGGCGUCCGCGCAUAUUCCACUUCAAUUGCUUCACUAGCUGCAUACCCCCAUACCAUCUCGACAGCCGAGGAGAUCCUCCACCUUCCAGGAUGCUCCGAGAGAAUAGCGGCACUGUGGCAGGAGUUCAAUGAUACCGGCCACAUAGGCACAGUUGAAGACAUUGACAAUGAUCCCGAGAUGCAGACGCUGAAUCUAUUCUAUGAAAUCUGGGGUGUGGGCCCGAGGGGCGCCAGGGACUUCUACUACAGAAAGGGAUGGCGGGAUCUCGACGACGUGGUCGAGUUCGGAUGGAACAAUCUAUCACGCGUGCAGCAGAUAGGGGUGAAAUUCUACGAAGAAUUUCAGCAGAAAAUCCCCCGCGACGAAGUCGAGCACAUAGGCGCUGUCAUUCUCGAAGCUGCGAACCACGUUGCCCCUGGCUGCCAAAUGACUAUCGUUGGCGGGCAUCGGCGGGGGAAGCCAGAGAGCGGCGAUGUAGACGUUGUUGUCAGUAACCCUGAUGAGACAGUCACGCUAUAUCUCGUCCAGCGCAUAGUUGAGGAGAUUGAGCGCCGGGAGUGGAUUACCCACACGCUAUUGCUGUCGACUGCGAACUCAGAGCGCAACCAGACGCCCGUGAGUUGGAAAGGCGACAUAGGCCACGCCGGCGGCUUCGGCGCGGGAUUCGACACCCUCGACAAGGCGCUUGUAGUAUGGCAGGACCCAGCAUGGCCCACACGAGAAGAAGAUGUAGCUGCGGACCCAAGGGCAAAAAACCCGAAUAUCCACCGCAGAGUCGAUAUUAUUGUUAGCCCCUGGCGGACGGUUGGGUGCGCGGUAGCAGGAUGGACGAGCGGGACGACGUUCCAGCGCGAUCUGAGGCGCUAUGUGAAGGCGGUUUUGGGGCUGAAGUUUGAUAGUAGUGGGGUGAGGAGAAGGGAUGAUGGGGCGUGGGUGGAUUUGGAGGGGGUAGGGGGGAAGGCACCGGAUAUGCUUACGGCGGAGAAGAGGGUGUUUGAGGGGUUGAGGCUGGAGUGGAGGGAGCCGGGUGAGAGGUGUACGCGGUGA